UUUCCAAGCAAUAGAACACGGCAGACACCAUCAAUACUCAGGAGAGGUUAAAGCAAAUCGGGCUCAUUUUUUUUUAGUACUUGCGGACUUCUCUUCGUCCAGCUUCAUCUCCAUUACAUUCCAUGGACUUGCCUGGAUUUCUUCUCACAGUCCUUCCGCUCUCUCUUCUCAGCUAUGCAUCCUAUGCAACCACAUCAUGGGAUGAUGAAGACUUCUUCAAGACUUGUUCGUCGCACCGAUGCAGCAAACAUGGACCAGAGAUCCGGUUCCCGUUUCGGCUUUCAACCCACCCUCCAUCAUGUGGCGCACCUGGCAUGAAGUUAGCAUGCUCUGGGCAUGACACAAUCCUGGAUCACCCGGUCCUUGGAUCCUGCAAAGUGACCGCAAUAUAUUACAGGCAUCGGGUGAUGAACGCCAUCCCGCUUGUGGAGUCCUCAUCACACUGCCCCCUUCAGAAGCUCAUAUCAACAAAUCAAUCUACUGAUGUGUACGAACCUCUUGUACUGAUGGAUUCUGAAGCUCCAGUACUGAUAGGUUGCUCAAGAGAUUCUGUAGCAACAAAUCAAGAAGGUAUUGUUGGCCCAAGCUAUUGCCAAAGCCUCAGUAACAACGCAAGCCAGUUCUGGUAUGUGGUGCCUCCUCUUACAGAUAUGUCUACUCUUCCUUUGGGCUGCGUGGUUGUUGCAAAAGGCAUCCCAAUACCUUACACCUAUCAUAAAAAUGGCCCAAACUUCGAUCCACUAUUCGACGGGUCAAACUUCAAGGAAAAGGCAAAGAGCGCUAUCAACUUUGGUGAAACAGUAUUCAGUUGGCACCUUAACAACAUUACCGGCAUUUGUCAACGGUGUGAACAGGAAGGGCGACGCUGUGGGUUCAGUUCAAACAGGGGACAAGCAUUCUGCCAGCGUCAUGGUUCACAUGUCAUCCUCAUUGCAGCUACAACAUCGGUAGCCACCUUAGUUGCUCUUUUAUUGAUCGUGGCCACUGGACUCUAUCUUUCACUGAAGAAAAAAUAUGAUGAAGCAAUACAUUUGAAGGUUGAAAUGUUUCUCAAGGCAUAUGACACAUCGAAACCCACAAGGUACACUUUCUCCGAAGUUAAGAAGAUAACAAGACGGUUUAAGGAAAAAGUAGGCCAGGGUGGGUUUGGAAGUGUUUACAAAGGACAACUACCAAAUGGAGUGCCAGUGGCGGUCAAGAUGCUAGAGAACUCUACAGGAGAGGGACAAGAAUUCAUCAAUGAAGUGGCAACCAUUGGGCAAAUUCACCAUGCAAAUAUUGUCUGCCUCCUGGGCUUUUGCUCUGAAGGAACAAGGCGAGCUCUUAUUUAUGAAUUCAUGCCUAAUGAAUCAUUGGAGAGAUACAUAUUCUUGCAUGAUUUCAAUAUUUCUCAAGACCUUCUAGUACCUGCCAAAAUGCUAGAUAUUGCAAUAGGAAUCGCUAGAGGAAUGGAGUACCUACAUCAAGGAUGCAACCAGCGCAUCCUCCACUUUGACAUCAAGCCUCACAGCAUCUUGCUUGACUACAGCUUCAGUCCGAAAAUUUCAGACUUUGGCCUUGCUAAGCUGUGUGCAAGGGACCAAAGCAUUGUUACCUUGACUGCAGCACGAGGUACGAUGGGCUAUAUCGCACCAGAGCUAUAUUCUCGGAAUUUCGGGGGGAUAUCUUACAAGUCAGAUGUUUACAGUUUCGGCAUGCUAGUCUUAGAGAUGGUUAGUGGAAGGAGGAACUCAGACCCAAGUAUUGAGAGCCAAAACGAGGUCUACCUCCCAGAGUGGAUCUAUGAGAGAGUAAUCACUGGGCAGGACCUGGUACUUAAUAGGGAAAUAACAGAAGAGGAGAAAGAAACAGUGAGGCAGCUGGCCAUUGUGGCACUCUGGUGCAUUCAGUGGAACCCCCAAAACAGGCCAUCAAUGACAAAGGUGGUAAACAUGUUAACAGGAAGGACGCAGAAUCUACAGAUUCCACCAAAGCCGUUUGUCUCAUCUGAAAGUCAUCCUAUGCUGUAAAACAUGGAGGAUAUACUACCAUGAUUUAGUAAGUAUAAUGGGGAGUUAAGCUUCCUCCAUGUGUGGGCAUAGUAGUGCCUAUCAUUAGCAUGCAAUGUAUUUGGAUCAUUCCACUUUAUCAGCCACCUGAAGUAAGACUUUUUCAGUCUUCACCAUGUAAUAACUUAAUUAGAAACAUAUCACGUCGGAUUUGGUUUCUAGUUCCGUGGUUCGGUUGUUGUGAUUACCUAAAAAAGAUGUUCCUA